CACAAAAAUAUCAACAGACGGUGAACGCGCCGAACUGCAUUGCUUGCGUUCACCUUGUAACAUUUUAUUUUUAAUGUCUUUACAUAACUUUUUAACAAUAUUUAUUGAAACUUUUUAAAAUAGAUUAAAAACAUAUCGUUAUCUACAUCCCAUAUCAAAUAAUUACCGUAAAUAAUCAGUAAACAGUGUUACAGUUAAGAGAUUGCUUUGAAAAAAGGUGUGUGCGCUAGUUCAGUUUAAAUUACAGUUCUUUGUGUGACGGUUAAAUAAUAAAACGUGUAAAUAUGAGAUUAAUUAUUUUGGAUAAAGUUGAAGAGGUUGCUGAAUGGGCAGCCACAUAUAUACUGAAAAGGAUACAAGAAUUUAAUCCAUCUCCGGAAAAAUAUUUUGUUCUCGGACUCCCAACAGGAAGCACCCCACUAGGAAUGUACAAAAAGCUGAUAGAAUUUCAGAAGCAAGGGAAAGUGUCAUUCAAAUAUGUAAAAACCUUUAAUAUGGAUGAAUAUGUUAAUUUACCAAAAGAACACACUGAAAGCUAUCAUUAUUACAUGUGGAAUAAUUUUUUUAAACAUAUAGAUAUAGAACCUAAUAAUGUCCAUUUAUUGGAUGGCAAUGCUGCAGAUCUUGCUGGUGAAUGUCAAAAAUUCGAAAACGAAAUACGUGAAGCAGGAGGAAUAGAAUUAUUUGUUGGAGGAAUAGGACCUGAUGGGCACAUAGCAUUUAACGAACCAGGUUCGUCGUUAGUUUCUCGGACUAGAGUAAAAACCUUGGCUCAAGAUACAUUAGUUGCUAAUGCUCGAUUCUUUGAUAAUGAUAUAGAAAAGGUACCAAAGCAGGCACUUACCGUUGGAGUAGGAACUGUUAUGGACGCUAAAGAGGUAAUGAUCCUUAUUACAGGUUCCCAAAAGGCAUUCGCCUUAUACAAAGCCAUAGAAGAAGGUAUUAACCAUAUGUGGACGGUAUCAGCAUUCCAACAACAUCCCAACACUUUAAUGAUAUGUGACGAAAACGCUACAUUAGAGUUGAGAGUUAAGACUGUAAAAUAUUUUAAGGCACUAAGUGACUAUCAUACCAACCAACUGUUGCAGCAUGACAAUAUUGAACAGUUUAGGAUUUUUCACUGAGCAGUAUUUGUAUGAUUAUUUAUGUAAGAAUUUAAAAAUGCGAUGUACUGUAUAAAAGGCAAUAGCAAAAUAAAAUGGUGUAUUGUUUGAUAUGGGAUAAAUAUAUAAAGUAU